AUGUCUAGGAGAAGUAUUCGUUUACCCCCGGAAGUUAGUAGAAUUCUAUAUGUUAGAAAUUUACCUUAUAAGAUAUCAGCUGAUGAAUUGUAUGAUAUUUUUGGGAAAUAUGGUACUGUUAGGCAAAUAAGAAAAGGAAAUUCUGAAGGAACGAAAGGAACAUCUUUUGUUGUUUAUGAUGAUAUAUACGAUGCAAAGAAUGCUUUAGAUCAUUUAUCGGGUUUUAAUGUUGCAGGCAGAUAUUUGGUAGUUUUGUAUUAUGACCCAGUGAAGGCUCAAAAAAAAAAGGAAUUAAAAGAAAAAUUAAAAAAUGAAAAAGAAUCCUUAUAA